AUGGCAGCGCUUGCGAACGACAACGGCGGCAGCACCCAGAGCAGGAGCAGCAGCCCCGGGAGCCGAGACGGAGUUAGGGGCCCUACGGCUGGAGCUCAUGAUGACGGGGACACGGGAGUCCGGGACGCCCCGGCAACCGCCCCCAACCUCCCUCCGCUCGAGGACUACGAGUGCAAAAUCUGCUACAACUACUUCGACGCGGACCGGCGCGCCCCCAAGCUGCUGGCAUGCCUGCACACCUUCUGCCAGGAGUGCUUGAGCCAGCUGCAGCUCCGCGCCACCGCCGCCUCCAGCGCGGUCCCUGAGCGUGCGCCGCGCCCGCCACCCUGGCACGGCCCGCCCGGCGCCAUCGCGUGCCCGGUGUGCCGCCACCGCACGCCGCUGCCGGACAGUCGCGUGCACGGCCUGCCCAACAACACCAAGCUCGCCGAGGCCUUCCCGCUGGCUCUGCGCGCCGCACACGAUCCGCUGCCCCAGGACCGCCUCCCGCCGCUGGCCUCCCGCCGCCCCGCGCCCACCGCUGCCCCGCCGCCAGUCCCCGCCCCGCAGCCGGCGCAGCCGGCGCCACCACCCGCUGAGGACGACGCCCCUGGACCUCGGGGCCGCCCUGGUCUCCGCGCCCCGGGCGCCUACGAGAGCUGUCAGAACUGCAAGCGGGCGGCGCUCACCGCCGGCUGCGUGUGCGUGGUCUUCUCGUUCCUCUCCAUGGUGGUGCUGCUGUUCACCGGUCUCAUCUUCGUCAACCACUACGGCGGUGGUGGCACCGGCGGUGGCGGCGGCGGCGGCGCGGGUGGGGGAUCCCCGAGCAGCGGUUCGUCCCCCGGCCCCGCCCCAGCUACCGGAUCGCCUUCGCCCUCGCCCGUGGGGCCCAUCUGCCUGUCGGUGGCUAGCAUCCUGGCGCUCUUCUCCGUGGUAGUUACCUGGAUCAUCUGCUGGCUCAAGUACCGGCCCGAGGGGGCGGCCGUGGGCUCCGCAGGAAGCGGCGGCAGUGGCUCCAGAGCGCGGGCAGCCGCAGCUCUGGGCAGGAGAAGUGAUACGUAG